AUGAAAACUCUUCAUCAGGUGUUGCCUGCAUUGUCUCUUUUGUUUUCCUUAUCGUUCCUCCCCUUCAUAGCCUUUUCAAUAAGACAGUUUCCUUUACCGCCGGUAAUAGGCCUGGAUGGAAAGGAGAUGAAGCUGGGCGAGUCCUACUAUAUUUUCACCAGUCCGUUCCCACCACUUGGGUUGUGCCUGGUGGACAACGUAAAGUGUCCCACAGACAUAAUCCAGUGCCCCUCCUACUACGACGACCCUCGCGGCCUGCCUUUCACCUUCUCCUCCGUCGCCAACUCGACGGAGGACACCGUGGUUCGAGUGGACACUCCCUACCGUAUUGAGUUAUCCGCCCCUGCCGCGGGAAACUGUAGCAACGAAACCUUCUGGUUCCUAAAGGAUGACGGAAUCCCCGGGAUGAAUUUCGUCGCUAUAGGUCCCAAGACUGUCGCGGUCCAAUUUACGAUCCAGAAAGUGGUGUUUGGGUACAAGAUCGUUGGGUGCGUAGUACUUCCAUUUCCACCUUUGCCCAUUUGCUUCGGCGUUGGGUUCGUACCGGAAUUUGGAUUUAAUCGGCUGGGUAUCGGGUCGGACGUCCAGCCUGCCGAGUUUUUCUUCGCCAAGCCUACAGUUAAUUCCACCGUCGCCAUCGACAAUAAGCACCUACAUUCACUGUACUAG